UCUCCAGAGCUCUCGUAUCCGAGUCUCGUUUCGUUCGCCUUAAACCCUGACAAAAAAAAAAUGGCGACUCUCUCCAGACUAGACAUAGCCACAACCUUCAUCUCUUUCACUUCUCGCCGCGCCGGGACCGCCUUUAACCGUCGGUUCUCUUCCGCUGCUGUUCCGCUUUUUUCCCGGCGCAGGGGAGCCACCGUCACCGUUGAAACGACGCCAUCUCCGUUCUAUUCGGCGGUCGUCUAUCCCGAUCGUCGCCGGAGAUAUUUCUCUGCCUCUGCUUCUGCCUCUGCCUCCGCGACGGAGACCGAAGAUUCCGGUGUUGCGACUAAGAUUCCGCCCGACAACCGGAUCCCCGCGACUAUAAUUACGGGAUUUCUGGGUUCCGGCAAGACAACAUUGUUAAACCAUAUAUUGACAGCAGAGCAUGGGAAGCGCAUAGCUGUGAUUGAGAAUGAGUUCGGUGAAGUAGACAUUGAUGGGUCGCUCGUCGCGGCUAAAGCUGCAGGAGCAGAGGAUAUAAUUAUGCUCAACAAUGGCUGCCUCUGUUGCACAGUCAGAGGUGAUCUUGUGAGGAUGAUUUCCGAGUUGGUCAAGACGAAGAAGGGAAAUUUUGACCAUAUAGUCAUUGAGACGACAGGUUUAGCCAACCCGGCCCCGAUUAUUCAGACGUUUUAUGCGGAGGAUGAAAUUUUCAAUGAUGUCAAACUGGAUGGUGUGGUCACUUUGGUUGAUGCUAAGCAUGCUCGAUUGCAUCUGGAUGAGGUCAAGCCCAAAGGUGUCGUCAACGAGGCAGUGGAGCAAAUAGCCUAUGCAGAUCGUAUUAUAGUCAAUAAGACUGAUCUUGUUGGCGAGCCAGAGAUAACUUCAGUUGUGCAGCGGAUAAAGACUAUCAACGGCAUGGCGCACAUGAAGCGGACAAAGUUCGGGAAAGUUGACUUGGAUUAUGUUCUUGGGAUUGGAGGUUUUGAUCUAGAAAGAAUUGAGAGCACUGUCAAUGAAGAUGAGAAGGAGGAUCACGAGUGUCAUGAUCAUCACCAUCACCAUGAUCACGAUCACAAACAUGACCACCAGCACCACCAUGAGCAUGGUCAUGAACAUGACCAUCACAAUGAUCACCACUCUCAUGAUCAUACUCAUGACCCCGGUGUCUCUUCCGUUAGCUUAGUUUGCGAAGGAAGCUUAGACCUCGAAAAGGCCAACAUGUGGCUCGGGACGCUGUUGCUGGACCGCAGCGAGGAUAUCUACAGGAUGAAGGGUCUCCUCUCUGUCCAUGGCAUGGACGAGAGAUUCGUAUUUCAGGGAGUACAUGACAUAUUCCAAGGAUCACCCGACCGGUUAUGGGGACAAGACGAACCGAGAAUCAACAAGAUCGUGUUUAUCGGCAAGAACUUGAACAGGGAAGAAUUAGACAAUGGUUUUAAGGCUUGUUUGAUUUGAAAUUCCCAGUCAGGUUCCGUCUUAAAUACCUUUUAUGCGGCCGUAGUUCCCUAACAUGGACAAUGCACAAUGGCAAUUGAUGACGCAUGCAUUUGUUUCCUAGUUGGCGUUCUUAUCAAUAAUUCAUACUAUAACAAUCCAUUCGUCUUCACUGUCUUGAUGAUUUUUUUCCAUUUACGGCCCCAUGGAUACAAGGUAAAAUUGACUCAAGCGUCCUAAAUUACAUUGUGACUUGGCUGUUAUUUCA